AUGUGUGCCGUGAGUUCAGCUGCAGGAGAGAGGGAGAGAGGCAGAAAGACAGAAAAAAAGAAAGAAAGAAAGAAAGAAAAGACAUUACCCUGAGAUUGUUUCUGCUUUGGGUUUUUUUUUUUUUAUUUCCCCUCCCCUCCUAGAAAAUUCCACUCAUACUAGGCCCCUGCACUCUGGCAAAGCUUUCGCAGUCCACACAGGGAGAGGGAGAGAGGGAGAGAGAGAGAGAGAGAGGGAGUAUAUACCAACAGACAGUGGGGACAGAGAACGUAAAAGUGUGCCUGACUCGCUGGAGAAACAUUUGCAGAGGAUGCGAGAGGGGGAGCAAAACAGGGAGGAAGAACAAAGAGGAGAAAGAGGAGGAGAAGAAGAAGAAGAAGAAGAAGAAAGAUCAGUGAGUCAAAAUGACCAAAAUGGACCACCUGGACACCCAGUGAUCCAGAGCCAUUUGGAAGAGAGUGUUCAUCUUCAGAAAAGCCUGAGCAGGAACAGUGCUCUGGACAUGAAUGGCAAGGCGGGCCGGAGAGAGCCGGAGAACGGCACGGCCGGCACCAGCGCCAACGUCAACGCCAGCGCCGGACAAGGCAACGCCAACGGCAACAACAUUGCCAUGAUGACAGAGGCACAGCCGGACACGCAGCCACCGCUCGCACGGGUUUCGCGCACGUCCAGGAAGGCAGCGACGUUUGGCAAGCGCUCCAACUCGAUGCGCAGGAACCCCAAGGCGGAAGUCACCAAGCAAGGGUGGCUUCACAAGCAGGCCAGCAGUGGUGUCAAGCAAUGGAACAGACGCUGGUUCGUGCUGACUGAUCGAUGUCUCUUCUAUUAUAAAGACGAGAAAGAGGAAGGGGUGCUGGGGAGUCUGCCUAUGCUCAGCUUCCACAUCGGACCCGUUCAGCCCGCGGAUAACGUCAGCCGCAAGUACGCCUUUAAGGUGUGGUAUGAGGACGAGGUGGAGCAGGACGGGACGGAUAGUAAGGGCAGCAUUGCGUUCUGUCUGCAGGUGGAGCACCCGGGCACACGGACCUACUACUUCAGUGCUGACUGCCAGGAGGAACAGGAAGAGUGGGUGAAGGCAAUGAGCGACGCAGCCAGCGUUCAGGUCUCUCACACGCCAAGCAGGAGCGAUUCUGAACUGACCCCAUCUGAGGAGCAGAACUACAUCCAGUCGCCCAGAGAGCCAGUGCCCGAGACCAAUGGGCAGGCCGUAGCCACCCAAAGACUCAGCCCUUCUCCAGCCGGAGCACGGCACCAGAUGAACGGUGGACACAACGCAGACCCAACAGCGGAGGCCAGAGCGCCCCCUAACAGGCCCCCUCACCGGCCUCAGCAGCCCAACGGCUGGGGGAACUACGGGACACCGGGCAGCCCUGCUUACCCACCCCAGGCCCAGCAGCAGCAGGAGGGCCAACGGCCGGAGAGCGUGGUCCUGCGACGGAGCAUUGCGCCUCGCUCUGCCCCUGAGAAAAUGGCCCAGAGGAAGAGCUCCAUGACCCAGCUGCAGCAGUGGGUCAACCAGCGGCGCGGCAUGGCCACUCAGGAGGACCUGCGCAGCCCGUCCCGGUACUACCCAGGGCAGCGUGCCAUGCCCGACUACUACGCUGGGUACGGCGGGCCGCAGUACGUAGAGGAAUACCCGCUGUACCCGCCAGGCAUACGGCCCGACAGCAUCUGCUCGGCCUCAGCUGCGUACGAGCAGCGCUGGACGGCGGAGGAGAAGCGGCGGUCCCUGCGCGACGGCGGCGCCAUGUUCCGCGAGGCCCAGUGGCAUCCCGCAGGCCCACCGCCGGCGGCCUACUACGGCCACGUGGACCCCCUGCACGGCUCCAUGCGCCGCCUGUCUAUCCAGCCACGCUCACGCUCUGUCCCGCGCUCGCCCUCGUCCUCGGUCUCAGGGGGGCCCUACUCGCCGGGGCCGCACCUCUACGCCUCACCCCUCCGCUCGCCCAGCAUCCACUUUGGAGGGGGAGGCCCCGGCCGGCACCGGGACGAUAUCAUCUACGCCGACCCCUCGGCUUACGGCCUGCGCCGCUCCAUCAGCUCUCCAAAGUAUGACUACCCAGGGGAUCGGCAGUCCAUCAGUCAAGGAAUAUACCCGUACAACUAUCCAGCGUCACCUGCUCUGCACAAUAAAAUGGAUGACAUUUUAGACCUGCAGCUUCAGCGCAAUUUGGAAUACCUUGAUCAACAGGUGACAGAAGGAGAUCACCUAAUCAGCAUGGUAACCAGAAUGGUUGAGCGUACUUCCUCUCGACCAAAGCUAUUCUCACAAGUGCCUCCAUUCCAUGAUGUCUACAGAGACCUUCAUCCUACCCUGAAGCUCAAUGAGAUGGAGACCAGUAAACUCUUGGGCCGAUUGUGUGAACAGCACCGAGUCAUGAAAGAACAGGAGACGGUGGUCCACCGGUUGCGGAUGGAUAAGGAUAACCUGGAGGAGGCGCUGGUGGCCACGCACCAGGAGAUGGAGAUGUACAGGAGUCAGGCACUCACCUCAGACAAGUUACAGAUGAAGAAGGAGACUCUUCAGAGUCAGCUGAUCAAGAUUCGCGGAGAGCUCUCCCAAGCCUCCAGUGCAUUGACAUCCACCAGAGUGGAGUUUGAGGCUUUAGAGGAUGAAGUCAACGCCAUCCAUGGGGACCUCUGGGAGCAGCUCAACGCUGGAGGGCAGAGUGAACUGGUGCACAGGCACAUUCAGAAGGAGUUCUGGAGAGUCCAGGAUGUGUUAGAGGGACUGCACAAAAACAACCUCUCUCGUGGAACAGACACUGCUAAGCAUAGAGUGACUAGUGGGGCAUCUGGUUCCUUCAGCACAAAUAGUCCAGCCAGUCCCCUGAGCUCUGUUAGCCUGACUAGCCCCCUCAGCCCCUUCUCCCCUGUCUCUGGCUCCCAGAUGUCCCCCACCAAGCAGACCGGCUCAGAGGACAUUGGGCCACCGAGGCCACCCCUCCCUAAGUCCUACCUCCCCUUGGAAACCUCCCCCACAGCCCCACCCUCUGUGCCCCCCUUGCCCUCUUACAGCAGUGCCUGGCACUCUAGCAGCAUAGAGGACCCCUACAGGGACGACGACGAUGGCUACCACGGAAGAAAGCAGAGACCCUUAUCUGGAGACAAGACCAGCAGUAAUGAUCAAUACUUGGAGCACACCAGUGUAAACAAAGUAGGCAUAGUACCUCCACUGGCAAGGUCUCCCGGUGAGGAACAGACCAGGAGUUCUGCUCCCAUCCAUCGGCGGAAUGGAAAGGUGUCCAAUGGCCAUAUCUCCAGGGAGCGACCCAAGAGUGCCGUGUUCCCUGCGGAGGUAAAGUCCAAGAUGAGUGUGGAGGAGCAGAACGAGCGCAUCAGACGGAACCUCAGCAGCUCGGUCAGGGACAAGAGGCGCAGUCUGAACCUGUCUGGCUCCCAGUUAGACGGCUCCAAACCCAGCUACAGGGUGGUGAGGAGGAGGUUAACAGCACACGAGGUGGACAUCAAAGACUUGGAGGCCGCAGUCCGAGGAGAGGGGGUGGAAACACCUCGGGAGGAGAUUGCACGCCUGCGUCGACUACAGAUGGAGCCACAGCACUAUGAUCUGGACAUCAGCAAAGAGCUGUUAGCACCUGAGAAGAUUUUGAUCCCUGAGCGGUACUUGGAUGCAGAGCCUAGCAAACCUCUAAGUCCUGAGGAGAUGCGUGAAAAACAGAAGAAAGUGGAGAGGAUCAAGACUCUCAUCGCCAAAUCAAAUCUGCAGAACGUGGUUCCUCAGCUGGACGGGCCAGUUGAGAGCCAGCCCAACCCUGACCAGCAGCUGCAGGAGCAGGAGAAGCGCAUCGAGAUCUCCUGCGCCCUGGCCGCCGAGGCCUCACGCCGCAGCCGCCUGCUGUCUGGUGAGGAAGCCUCCCGUCCACCAGAGGACCAGCAGAGGCAACUCGCAACCCCCAGUGUCUGACCCCUGAGCCCAGGCCCACUUGCCAGCCCUACCCUGACCAACCCACCCCACUCUUAGCCCCACACCCGUUUCCCUCUCACAUUGCUCCAAUUGAUCACACCUGAACUCACCAUCACUGCCUGUGCCCUGUCAUCAUAGUCAGUCUUGUGACUCCUCUCCCUGGUCACUCCACUGAGAUCCAUUUCCCAGUUGCUUAGCCUCUCACUGUCUGUCUCUGUCACUAUACCUCAUUGAGACCCACGUUACCCUGUCUUAAUCUUUACCCAACUUCCUGUGCAAUCCAGACUCCACCCUCACUGUUUCAACCUCACCCCUAACUCAUUCGAGUGUUGCAGUUCCUCUGUCUGAACUAUGUAAAUUCUCCUCAAACAUCAUUCUCUAGAUGGGAUAACACUUUACAAGGGCAUGGGACUUCAGUGUUGAGGUUGCUGUUUAUGUUAAACCACCUGUAAUUAUUUAUAUAAUGGUACAAACCCAUGCAUGUUUAUGCCAAGUUUUAUUUAAUUUCCCUUUGACACAAAGUUCCAGCAUGGUUCACAUAUAAAAUAAUCAGAUAUAAAGGACAAAAAGUUUGUUGUGAAAGAUAAGAAAAAAAGUUGAAGGAAUAUUGAUAUAUAUUCAUAUUACCAUCAAAUCUUAACACUAAUGGAUUAGCAUCAAAUAUAUUUGUGCAACCUCACAUCUGAAGUCUGAAUGAUAUUACAUUAUUUUUUAUGCAUAGGUUUACAUGUACAAUAAUAUACAUUUAUGUCAAAUUGAGUAUUAUAUAUAUAUUUAGUUAUAUAUUUUGGCACGGCUGUACCUAUCAAACUAUUAGACAAAGCACCUGAGUCAUAUGCUUUCCGCUUAUUCGUUAGUGGAAUGUCACCUAAAAUGUGGGCAUGGCAUUGAUUAUAGGUUUUUUGGCAACCAAAUUAUAACCUGACCUCAAUAUACGUUUGUUCUCAAAAA